AUGUCAAAAAAGCCAUUUUUAAUAAAAGUUUUGAUGGAGCUGAAGCGCAAAUUUACAACGAACUCUGCCAAAAUUGAAAUCGUCGACUAUUACUUUAGCCACAAGGACCAGGGGGUUACUAUGAGAGAGGUUGCAGAGAAAUUCCAUCUGAACUCUCAUGCCUUUCUAGUUGAUUGAAUCAAAAACAUUGACAAGCUUCGGGAAUCAGAGCCAGCCGCUAAAAGGGUAAAGGUAGAGCCUUUUACGCAAUUUCCAAUUCUAGAGAAAGAGCUGAUUCAUUGGUUGAUUGCUGUGAGACAGCAGGGUCAUACUGUCUUAAGAGUGACUAUCGAAAAGAAAGCCAGAGAAUUGGCCAGAGAAUUGGCGAGAGAAUUGAGCUUGCCGCGAUUCCAAUGCGGUCAAGGAAGAUGGGAAGGAUUCAAGACAAGAAAUAAUCUGGCCUACCGUAAGGUCAACGCAUCCAGUCUUAAGCCCCUAGAACGAGAAGCAGAACUUCUUAGAGACUAUCUGGACGAGCUGAUGCCUCUUCUCGACAUUUAUCCUUCCUCUACUAUUUAUAAUUUCGAUGAAACCAGAUUCGACUGGGAUGUCUGUAGCAAGCAUACCUAUGAUUUCAAAGGUGCUCAAAGAGUUGUGGGUAUCCAAUCAGCUAAAGCCAAACACUCAAUCACUGUGAUGCUUUUGAUCAGAGCAGAUGGUAAAAAGUUUCCUGCGUUGUUGAUCUUUCAAGAGAAAACUGGCAAGAUUCCAUUUCGUGUAUAUGAGCACUUAACUAUCCCUAACAACAUCGUUGUCAAGGCUAACAGGACUGGCUAUAUCACUGAUGAUAUGAUCAGCGACUAUCUAAGAACAGUGCUGACAAAGGAAAGGCAGCUCAUCAUAAUGGACCAAGCAACUAGUCAUAAAACUGAUAGAAUUGUUCAAGCGCUAUCUGACUUGCAAGCUCAAAGCAUCAUUAUCCCAGGAGGAUGCACAAAGCAUGUCCAGCCACUUGAUGCCAUAGCCAUAGCCAACUUUAAGAGAAAGACAACUCAGUUUAGGGUUGAGUACGAAACCGAGCAAGUUGAAAGAAGAUCACAAAGAAGCGGAAACAUCAAGGCUCUUGAUAGACAGCAAAUGAUAAACUUGGCCUCAAAGGCUUGGGAGGAAUUGCAUCCAGAUAUUAUCAUAACUGGCUUUCAAUUGACAGGAUCUUAUGGAAUUGAUCACCCCAAGUUUCUUCGCCACCAAUCCAUGCUUAAAGAGUUAAUUAUUUAA